CGUGACGGAGGGGGGGAGGGGGAGGCUCCGCCACACAGGGCCCUCAGCGGCCGCCAGCGCUCCGAGCGAACCAGGUAAGGUUCCCUACAUUCCAAGAUGCCGCGCUACGGGAAAAUUGUUGUCAUUAAAAGGAAUGGGACCGAUGGAAUUGUUUUUCCACUCACCUCGACUUCUUGUUUAUUCGGAAGGAAAACAGAGUGUGACAUCCGCAUGCGACUGCCCUGGGUCUCCAACGAGCACUGUAAAAUCGAAAUAAAUGAGAACAAGGAGGCAGUACUGACUAAUUUGAGCACAGUAAACCCCACACAGCUGAAUGGGGUUUGCUUUGAGCAGCCUGUUCCUCUGAAGCACGGGGAUGUCUUAACUAUUAUCGAUCGUUCUUUCAGAUUUGAAUAUCCUCUCCAGUCAACUCCGAAGAAGAGGCGUUCCAGGUCUCCAAAAGAUGAAACCCUGCAGGUUCUUCAUGUUCAGCAGGUGGCAGAAGUGGAAUUAUUACACAAACAAACUUCAGGAUCUAAAAGUCUUGGUGCUUCAGAUAAUGCUGAAUGUGAAGAAAAAAUUGCCAAUGAAAAUAAACAAACCACAGAGGAAAAUGUAUCCAAAGCUUUACCUGUCCAACCAAAAACACCCAAACCUUCACACAGAAUACACCAAGUUAUUAAAAAGCAAAAUGAGAUGUCUCCCUUUACUAAUCUCUAUGAAAAGCUGAAACAUGAGAUGCAAAUGAAAAAAUCUCUGCAGAAGGGAAAUGGCUCCCAACAAGCUGCAAGAGAAGGUGGAGAGAGUGUUGUGCCAGAGCCAAGUGCUCAGAUUUCAUCCCCUGGUUGUGAUCUGGGCAACCUGAAUAAAGGAAAAGAAAGAGGCAGAAGUGGAAAUAUGGAAGAAUGUGUAAUUGUAAGAAGUGAAGUGAACCACUCAGGGUUUCAGCAGCUGGCAGCUGGAGGAAGUGCUCCCAGGAGGAGUUUUCCCAGGAGGAGUUUUCCCAGAAGUCUUCAAAAUUCUCUUUCGCAGGAGGUGUCGAGAGAUACCAGUCAGAGUCACUUGCAGAAUCCUGAGGAACUGAGUACACCAGUCACAUCUAAAGGUGCCAAGGUUACUCCCAGCAAGGAGAAUGGUGAGAAUUCCCUGUUUUCACUGCAGCAGUGCUCCAUAGAACGCUUGGAUUCUUCAGUUAGGGAGAAAAUACACAUCUCUACGACUCACACCCCAAAGGUUUCUGAAGCAGAUAAACAUGUGCUGUCCACACCAAGGCCCAGGAGGAAGAGCCCUCGGUCUCCUUUUGUGUCUCCUUCCAAGGAAAUCACUGGAAUGAAUCCUGUGAAUGCUGAUACUCCAACCACCCGCCGGCGUGUGUCACUGAAACCCAAGUGUCUGUCAGAAAUUCCAGCUGAAACUCCAAGGGAAGGUUCAGACAUGACACAACUGCCUUUCCCAGAAAACAAAUCCAUGAAACAAAGACGAAAUAGCAAGGGACGCCCGUCAGGAACACCUGCACAAGAAGUGCUGAAGGAAAUCAGUGAUCAGGCAAACUUUAACUCAGAGGUGGGACUUUCUGAAAGUCCUGCUGCUUUCUCCAAUUCCAAGAGUCCCAGAAGAAAUAGCAGGCAAAGUAAAGAAUUCUUAGACAAAAGUGUCCAAACAGAGACACUGGCUUCAGAAGAGUUAAUGGCAUCUCCUGCUGGACAGACACCUGGCUCUGGGAGGAAAAGGGGAAGGCCAAGGAGCUCUGAGAGGAAAAGGGGAAGGCCAAGGAGCUCUGGAAUGCUGACUGAAACAGCACUGGAGACAAAUACUGUGCAAGAACAUCCUGGUAAGACUAGAGACAGAAAAGAAAGUGUAACUCCAGCAGAGCUGGCCAUGGAGGGGCAUCACCAGAAACAAGACUUGGAAGAUGCUGGUGAUAUCAGACCACGUGGGCUGUCAGCAAAGAGAGGUUCUGGAAGUACUCCUAUGCUGGAAGACAACAAGGCUGUCCCAGAAACAAAUACUUCUGGCCUGUUGGGUGGAGAAGACUCAAGCAAGACAAAAAGGUUGUCUCAGAAGAGGAAAAGUGAUGAUUUGCUCCUUCAGACUUCAGGAAAAAGAAAGAGAGUGUCUUUUGGUGGCCAUCUGAGUCCAGAACUGUUUGAUAAAAGUUUGCCUCCCAACUCUCCCCUUAAAAGAGGAGCUCUUCCUGCCAGGCUGAGCUUGCCCUAUGGAACCUCACCUCGUGCUGUGCUGAAAAAGGCUCAGGGAUUGAAGCUCUUCACAGACCAGGAAAAACAGAUCUCACAAAGAAGUUUGCCAGCCCAGAAGUCCCCAGCUGCCUCCUCCCCUUCCUCAGGGAAGGCAGCACCUCAAGUCCCUUCAGGCUCUCCAGCCCCUUACAGAAAAGGGCGUUUCUCCAUUUCCCAGCUCCCGGCGCAGCUCCCAAUCCCAGAGGAGAAGGAUUCUGGUGCACAGGACCUGAAUGCAAAGGAGAAAAGCGGUGUGAGAGUGAAAACACCUCAGUCUUCCCCCAUUAACCAAGAUGACAAAACCUUUGCAUCACCUACACCUGCCAAACCAACCAGAAGUGCCCAAGUGGGUUUGAAGGGCACUUCCACGAAGAGAAGGAGCGGGGCUGUGGGAGUUCUCCAUGCAAAGAGAAGAAGCGGUGCCUCCAGUGCUAAUUUAUUAGUUGCAAAAUCUUGGGCAGAAGUGGUAAAAUUGGGUGUUGCAAGACCACAGUCAAAGACUUCUAAGAAAAGUGUCCGAAGAGGAAGACCCCCAAAGAGGAUAAACCAACCACCAAAGACUCCAGAGAGGAAAAUAAAAGGUCACUUCAGCACAGGUCAUGCUGAGUCACCUGCUACAAUAGUUGUAGGUAGAGCUUACUCCACCACGCUCAGAUCAGCUGGACGCGUCCCUAAAGUGGUAAAAAAUCCCGUCCUGAAGCUCAACAUGAAUAUGGAUGAAAGCUUCACAGGAGUGCCUGAAAUGUUUCAAACUCCGGAAAAUAAGAGUGAAAAAACAUUACCUUUGGCUGCUGCUCAGAGUGCUGAUUUUACACCAACCUGUGCUGCAGGGGACAUUUCUGACUUGCACACCCCUGAAGAAUCUGGAGAAAUGAUGGUGUCACCCUUAAAUAACUCAGAUGCUUCAGAACAGAAACAAGAGAGUCCAGGCAUUUGUCACUUGCUGAGAGAGAAGUCAUCUCUAAGCUCUGUAUUUGAUGAAAUAUCCACAAAAACUCCUGAAAAAAGAAAAUCUGUGCAAGAAGUUAAUAUUAAUGUGGAUAGUUUAUCAAUCAUUCCAGAAAGACAAGAAUCUCUGGUGAAAUCGGGAAGGAAAAGAAGGACUCCAAAGCAGAAGUUGGAACAAGUUGAGGUCAUGUCAGACAUCAAGCAGCUUUUAAGGACCCCAGAGCAAGGGUCAGAGGCAGUAGAGUUCUUUUCUGGCAUCAAGCAGCUCUUGCAGCUCAUGAAGACCCCAAAACAGAACACAGAGCCUGAAGAGGCUUUGUCAGGCAUCAGGCAGCUCAUGAAGACCCCAAAACAGAACACAGAGCCUGAAGAGGCUUUGUCAGGCAUCAGGCAGCUCAUGAAGACCCCAAAACAGAAAUUGGAGCCUGCAGAGGCUUUGUCAGGUAUCAGGCGGCUCAUGAGGACCCCGAAGCAGGAAUUGGAGCCUGCAGAGGCUUUGUCAGGCAUUAAGGAACUGCUGAGGACCCCACGGCGGAAGCCAGAACCAGUGGAGGACCUGUCUGGCAUUAGGCAGCUCAUGAGGACCCCACAGCAAGAGCCAGAACCAGUUACAGAUGAAGUUGCCCUUAAAAGGUUGCUGAAGACUCCAGUACAGAAGAGGGGAGCAGUAAAAGGCAUGGCAGGGGUUACUUCAGUCCAGAAAACCCCAAAACAGAAAUACCCACCAGUUGAAGACAUGGUUGGGAUCAGCCGCAUUUUCAAGACACCAAAGGAAAAGGUUCAACCCAUAGAAAACAUGUUUGGUAUCAGCAGAUUGGUGAAGUCUCCCAGACAGAAGAAUCAACCAGUUGAGGAUUUUGUGGGGCUGCAAAGGCUCAUGGCAGAGCCCAGGCAGAAACCUUCUGAUGGUGAAGUGGACUAUGCUGGAAUGACAGAAAUGUUUGAUACACCAGAGGAAAUGGAGGUCAGAUCAGUAAUGGAUUCUCAGCAAGAUUCUGCACCUCCUUGUUCUAAUUCCAGUCAUAAACGUGAAAAUAAAGGAAAUACUUCCCAGGGUGAAGGUUCUCCACAAAAGGAAUCAACUAGUGCAGACCAGUCUUCCCAGAGACCAAGAAGGGGCAGGCCAAGGAAGACUGUCCAUCCUGCUACAGCAAAGGAGAGUGAAAAGGAUGUGAAUUUAAAAGAAUUGCAAAGUCUGGAUGGCUCCAGCACCCAAGAGGAGAUGGGAGCAAUCACACCUGAAAACAAAGGAAGAGGAAGGAGAACAAGGCAUUGCCUACAAGAAGUUGUUCCGAAGCACCCUGAUCAGGAACCACAUGGAACUACUCAAAGACCAGGAAGAGGUAAAAGGAGAGAACUGAAGGAGUUGAAACAUCCAAGUGAGACUCUUGAGUCUUGUGUUGAAGGUUCUUCAGUGCUACCAGAAGAGCCUGCAAAUAUGAAACAACCUUUGCAGGAGUGUGGCGUCGAUGACAUGUUAGAAACUGGAGAUGAUCCAGGCAAAAAGACAGGAUCUGGUAGCAUUCAGAAGGAAAAUUGUCAGCUGCAAACAGGUGUAAAUAAAUCUGAUAGCAAAUCUAAUAACAGUGGUAUAGAAGACAGUGAAGAAGUGCUUCUGUCACCCAGGAAAAGGACCAGAGGAGUAGAAAACACAGAACCACCAAUUCCACCUAAAAGAGGACGAAGGGCUAGAAAUGACCAAGUUAAACAAGAUCCUUCAGCAGAACUUCAUGGAACAACAAGGAGGCUUCGUAAAGACCCACCAGCAAAGGUCCUACAAAGAGAUGAACAGACUUUUGACAAGGAUCCUGAGGCUGUCACAGAAGAAGAACCUGAAAAGGGAACAAAACUUGAAGUACAGGUAACAGAGAAAAGAGUUAAGUCUUUAAGAAGUACUAGAAACAGAAAGCACUCAGCUGAAGGAAAAGCAGACGCUUGUGGGGUCAUAGUUGAUGAAAACACACAGAACAUUCAGAAAACUGAGGAAACAUCAAGUCAAACUGAAGCACAACCAUACAUCAAGAAUGAGGUGGAAGUAUCUCAGAGAUCUGAAACAGAAAAUGCUCAGGAAAUUACAACAGAGGCAUCUCAAAGAUUAAAGGCAGAGUCACCAUGUGGGGAGACGAAGAAACUGCCAGUCACUGCUGUGAACUUGGAAGCAAACAGAAGGGCAGCACAGGAAACAAACAGGACGAGGAGCAGGAGAGGCAAAAAAGACUCUUUGGAGCAAAAGGCUGAGGAAUUUACUGAAGAUGGGAGCAGCCUAAAACUAAUUCCUUCUAAGUUUAGGUCAGACACAGAAGCGGAUGAAUCUCUUAAAGAUUCUUUGGGCUCUGUUUGUGUCAAGAACACAUCCCAAGUCACAAAGGACCAGAACAGCCCAGCUGCCAUGUCAGAACCUGCUGCAAACAGUGACAGUCUUGCUCCUGGCCAUCAAAAACGGGCAAGAAACCAACAGGGAAUACUUAAAGCAAAGCAAACUGAAAUCCUACAGGAGAAUCCAGCACAAAGAAACAGAACAGUGUUUAGAAGAGGUAAAAAAGUUAAUUUUGAACUUGGAGAAGGCAGUUCCAAAGAGGUUGAAAUAAAAAGCAGUUUACCAGGGGAUGCUGAAGGAAUGACUGACAACAGUCAACAUGAGAAUUUGGAAAAUCCUUCACGAGUGAGGAGGGGCAGAAGAAAGCAAGUUGAUUCCAUUCCACAAACAGCCAGUCCUACCUUUAUGGAAAAACAAACAUUAACUGCAGAUCACAGUGAAGAUGAGGCUUUUGUGAAGGAGCGAGAUGCAGCUCUGGAAGGUACUCCCUGUUCAGUAGAAGCCAAUCCACCGAGACGAGGGAGAAGGCGAGAGGUUGGUGCAGCAUCACAGACAUCGAGAUCUCCUUCUGUCAGAACGAGACGUGGGUUGCUGGAAGGAGAUGAUAAAAAAAUGACUGUGAGGGAAGAUGAAAAUCCAGCUUUGGGAAAUAAAACUUCUCAGGUAAAAGCAAAUGCAUCAGCAAGGGACAGAAGGAAGAAGAUUGAUCUUGCAGCAGACGCAAAAAGUUCAGCUCCUCUCCAGAGAAAAUGUGGCUUGUCAGAGACUGAUGCUAAAGAUGGGGGAGCUAAUGAAGAACAAAGUGUGCCUUUGGAAACGGUGUCCUGUGCAGAAGAGAAACCAUUAGGAAGGGGCAGAAGGAAAGAAACUGCACUGGCAUCACACACAACAAAUUCCAUUCCUCUUAGAGGGAAACGUUUGCCAGUGGAUAAUGGUAGGGAAGACACGCCCAAAACAGAGCAAAACAUUCCCUUAAAAACUGAUGAUUCAUCUGUAAAAGAAAAUCAACUGAGAAAAAGCAGGAGGAAAGAAAUUGCCCUCAAAGAAGCCACAAGCCCUAAUCAGGGGGAACAGGUCCCAUCAAAACAAAGUGGUAGGAAGAAUAACUAUAGGGAAGCAAAAAAAGUGAGUUUGGAGAAUUCUUCCCAAGAAAACAGGGAUCUUUCAAAAGAGAACUCGAGGCAAACAAGCGCUUCAGUGGCUGGUAGUUCCACCUCACUUCAAGGUCUGCCAGAAGAUAGUAAGGCUGGAGCUUCUGAGGAACAACAGAGCAAACUUUUGGAAGGAGCUUCACCUGCAAAAGAAAAUCUGUCAAGAGUGAGCAGAAAGAAAACAACUUCUUCCGCAUCUGAAGAAACUUCUUCAACUUCUCUCAGGGAAAAACCCAACCUGCCCAAAGGCAGAGGGCAAAAGAGGAUUCUUAAAGAAGCUGAAGCUACACCUCUAGGAAAUAAUUCAUGCCAGGGAAGAACAAGGCAAGUGAGGAAUAACAGGAGGGCGGUACAAUUCACAUCAGAGGCAGCUACUUCUACUUCUCUCCAUGAAAACAGUGAGUCGCCUGAAAAUGGAAAUGCUCUGGAAACUGAGAAUUUGUGUGUGACAUCCACUGGUUGUGAGGGCAGGAAUCAGUCUGGAAAAGGAAAGGAGGGGAACCCUGUGCCACAGGCAACGUCCACUUCUCGCAGAAGGAAGUGUCAGCUGCCAGCAGAUGAUUCAACACCCAAAAAACUAAAAUCAGGGAAUGCUGAAAACGGAUCACUGGGAAGAGGAAAAAGGAACAAAACUAAGGAAGAACUUGGGAAAGAGAAUGUGAGGGCAGCUCAGACCUCUGGAGUCAUGGACAGGAAGACAAGAUCCAGCACAAGAACAAGGAAAUAGUUUUAAGAGUCCCAGAACAAGUUUUUAAAUCAAUUCAGUCAUUCAAAUUCCAGGUGGUUUUUUUUCCAAUGUGAAUUGAUUUGCACUCAGAUUUUAAGCUCAGAUUUUGAUAAUUCAGUCAUUCCUUUAUAAAACGUGUUUCUUACUGUGUUUUUUUAACAGCUUUUUCUACGUGUGGUGGUUCCUGAACCAGGGGUGCUUGUGCAAAGCUGCAAACAUAAAAAUACAUCUUAUUAGACCAGUAUUUAUCCAAUUUUUCUAUUAAUUAGUACAGCAAUCAGGAAGCCAUAUUACUGCCAGGUGAAGCUAUUUUCUGCUUGAAUUUUCAUAUGCUUAUUUUUAUUUUUCAUUAGAGCUCUGUAAAUAUUCUUUAAAAAAACUAUAGCUGUAUUAGAACUAUUAUACUGAAAUUUUGAUAAUUUUUUUCUUUAAAAAUUAAGUUCUUUUUACUGAAAAGUGGAGAUUUGCAAGUCAUUAAACUUGUAAACAAUUUGGGACUUGUGUGUUUGGUGUUCCUAUGAAUAGUUAAGAAUGUAUAAUUACUACUGUCUUCUCUCAGGUUUAUUUCAAAAAUUCCUUCUCUCUGGUGUGGUUUGGAGAUGGUUUUUAG